AAGGAAUGAGGUGUCGAAAUUAUAAAUUUCUUAGCUCACCCUCUUAAUAGUUGUAGUAACGUAACGUAAGUAUCCUUUUCGCCUAACUCCCACCUUCCUCUUUCCCACCGUUUCUUCCUCGCCUUAUUUCUCUUUCUGCCUUUGCUUUCUCCUCUUAUCUCCUCUGCUUCAAGGUACCCCAAGAUUCCUUUUUUAUAAUUCAUUCAUACUAUAUUUGUAUAUCUCUUUGAGUUAUAUAUCUCUAUCUCCUCCCCAGCUCUUUUUCUAUAAUCUAUAAAUAGUGAGUGGAUAAAACAGGGGAGAGAUUAAUUUAUUGCUUACUGGUGCUGAUCAGAUGGCAGAUAGCAGCAGAACUGAAGAGUUUUCUGUUUGCUCUCAGACGACUUCUUCUGGUAACAAGUAUGGAGGACUUAUGCCAAAGAAGAAGCCUUUGAUUUCAAAGACUGGGCUUUAUGCAAGCAAGGUGCAGGUGUUGAUCAAAAAUCAACCGUGGCUAUUGAAACAUUGCGUCCCAAAUUGCAGAGAACAGAUCAUCAGCAACUGCCUCCUCGAAGACCUGCUUGUACAUCUUGAUUCAUAUGUUGAACCUCUGCCACUUCAAAAUGCUGAUUUUGUUAUGUUCUUUGCUGGCUAAGUAGAUAAUAUCAUAAAUACUUGUAUUUGUUUUAUAUUGUUUACUUAGAUCCAUUUUUCAAUAUGGGAUUUGGAUGUAAUCACCAAUUGUGCUUUUAAAACUCUCCUUGCGUGUAUUAUAAUUUUUCCAGCCA